AUGGCCUCGACAACCACCAUGUUCCGCGCGGCGCGUCCCGCCUUCAACCAGACCGUGGUCCCUCGCCUCGUCAUCCGCCAUCAGGCGCGUCAGAACUUUUACCAGCAGGGAAGCCGUCGCUGGCAGAGCACCAACGGUGGCGCCGGCGCCGGCGCCCAGCAGGAGGCCGGUGGCAGCCAGCAGCAGCAGGCCAGCUGGUUCAAGAAGGCCUGGGAGAGCGAGGUUGGCAUCAGGACCGUCCACUUUUGGUAUUGGGCUCUCGUCCUCGCCGGUAUCUCCGACUUUGCCCGUCCCGCCGAGAACCUUUCCCUCACUCAAAACGCCGCCUUGACGGCCACUGGUGUCAUCUGGACUCGCUGGUGCCUCAUCAUCAAGCCCAAGAACUACCUCCUCGCCGCCGUCAACUUCUUCCUCGGUCUCGUCGGUGUCACCCAGGUCUCUCGUAUCCUUCUCCACGAGUCUUCCAAGAAGCGGGAGGGGGCUGCCGCCGCUUCUACCAAGACCCCCGCUGCCGCUUCGUCCUAG